AUGAAAUAAAAAACUCCAUUGAUAUCUCCUAAUAAAUUGUAUGCUAGUUUAUUAAAAAAGAAAAAUGAAUCAGAGCUAUAAUAAAAAAUUGUUAAAUCCCCAAAUAUUUAAGGAAGUUCUUCUUUUAUUAAUUAAUAAAAGUAUAAAGAAAGUUUUAUUUUAGAAAUAAUGAAGGGUAAAUAAAAAUAGAUUAAAAUAAAUUAAGACAAACAAGUGGAAAAGAUUUGAAAGAUAUUAGCACAGUUUUAUUAAAAAAAUCUCAUGUACGUUAAAAUAGUAAAAUAAUUGAAACAAAAGAGAAUUCUCAAAAUCUAACAUAAUCUGCAUUAUAACUACUAUAAAAAAUAAAGGCUGAUCGACCAGACAAUAAAAUAGGAUAAAUAUAAACUUCAAAAGAAAUAUUACAAUAUCAUUAGUAAUUAAUUUAAAAAUAAUAUUAAAAAUUGCUUGAUUUAUCUAAAUAGACAGAACAUCUUUAGUUAUAAUAAUAAUAGUAAUAAUAAUAAAAAUAAAAACUAUUUAAAGGACCACGAUCAAUAAGUAAUCCAGAUAUUUCUACACUUUAAUUAUGUAUAUCUAAAGCUCAUGCAAAAUCGAUACCAGGAAUGCUUUAUACUGGAUAAACAAAAAUAAAUUAAGACUCUUACAAAUUAAUAUAAAAAUUUGGAACAAAAGAAAAUGAUUGGUAUCUUUAAGUAUCAGAUGGUCAUGGGACAAAUGGACAUUAAGUAGCAUAAUUCGUCCAAGAAAUUUUACCUGCUUAUAUAGAAUAAGAAGUAUUGUAGUCUCCAUAUUAUUAUGACAGAGAUAAGUAAUUGAUUUGUCCUAUUAAAAAAUAGAACAAUUACUAAUAUUUUGAAAUAAAAUUUUUAAAAAACGAAUGAAGAUUUACUGAAUUCUGGAAUUGAUGUAACCUAUUCAGGUGCCACAACAGUUGUAGUAAUAGCUUUUGAGAACAUUCUCUACUGUGCAAAUAUUGGAGACAGCAGAGCUGUAUUAAUGAUUUAAUCAUGAUAGAUAAUAGGAAGAUACGAUACUAAAUUAUCUGUAGUUGAAUUAUCAAAAGAUCAUAAACCUGAUUGUUUUUUAGAAUAAGCUAGAAUUAUAUAAAGAGGAGGUAGAGUUUAAGCAUACAGUGAUGAAGAAGGCAAUCCAAUAGGACCAGCAAGAGUUUGGAAAUUAGAUGAAGAUGUACCUGGAUUAGCGAUGUCUCGAAGUUUUGGGGAUUAUGUUGCUAGUUAAGUAGGAGUGAUUUGUGAUCCAGAAAUUAUCAAACAUCAAUUAUCACCAACAGAUAAAUUCUUAGUAGUAGCUUCUGAUGGAAUUUGGGAGUAUUAUUGUGAAUUAAUCAAGAUUCUUAUCUAACGAAUGGGUUAUUGAAACUGUAUAUGAAUUCUAUAAAAAAGGUGAUGCAAUUGGUGCUUGUAAUAAAUUAGUUUUAGCUGCCAAAGAAGCAUGGAAAAGAGAAGAUGAAGUCAUUGAUGACAUCACUGUCAUUUUGGCAUUCUUUAAAUGA